GUACAACGUGUACCUUCACACGUGUGUGCACGUGUAUUUGUACACUUCACUUGACUUUUUUCAGGACCUUUCUGCUAUCUCUCUGUUUUUCCUAUGUACUAUUAUUGACAUCAUAUUAAAAUGGCUGAUAUAUUCAAACCUCAAGAGAUGCUCCAACUCUUCAGGAAGAAGAAAAUUCUCGUCAUUGGUGACUCCAUUUUUCAGGACCUUUUGGGUAUCCUGCUGUUUAAUUGAUGUACUAUAAUUGACAUCAUAUUAAAAUGGCUGAUAUAUUCACACCUCAAGAAAUGCUCCGACUCUUCAGGAACAAGAAAAUUCUCAUCUUUGGUGGCUCCAACAUUCGAGGACUCUACAAGGAUCUCGUCUGGCUGACAGAAUCGUGCUCCUACAUACCACAGAGACACCUGAAGGGAAAGCUGGAGAAGUCCUACCACGGUGAUCGACUGGUCGAGGGUGAGAAGGCCUCGCGCGGCCGCGACUACCGAGAAGUGCGUCACUUUCACACCCCGGACCGCCUGGUGGAGCUGCACUUUGUGUUCUGCACGCGCAUCUACUCGCCGUACAUGGCGGAGGUACUCGAUCGGUACCGCUGCGAACCGCCGGACCUGAUCGUCGUCAACAGCUGUGUGUGGGACAUCUCCAGGUGGGGGCCGAGGGGCGUCGACGACUUUAAGGUCAACUUGCGCAAGUUUCUGGAGCACGUGCAGUCGACGAUGCGGGCCGACACGAUGCUUAUGUGGACGACGACGAUGCCGGUGUCAUCGGAGCCCCGCGGAGGGUUUCUGAUCAAACAGGUGGAGUUUCUGCGGCACACGCUGCGCUUUGACGUGAUGGAGGCGAACAGCUUCAGCGCCAGUCUGGUGCGCCAGUUCGGCUACGACGUGCUGGACAUCCACUACCACUUCCGCUGUCUGAUCCACCAUCGCAGCCGAGACGGGAUCCACUGGCAGCCGCAGGCCGUACGUGGGAUCACCAACAUGCUGCUCACUCACGUCGCUCUGGCCUGGAACCGCAUCCUACCCGGCCGCGGACCGAGGCGCGCCCUCGAGCGUCUGAGCGAGGAGGCCCACCUGACCGACGAAGAAGUCAGGGAGCUGGUGGACUUCACAAUCACGGAGAGAGAGGCGACCGCCGCACGAAUGCUGCGCGGUGACCAGGCGCCCGGACGACGCUAGAGUGAGGGAGAGAGAGGGAGAAAGAGGAGGAAGAUUGGUGAAAGAAGCGAGAAGGAUGGAGGAGAGAGAGGUGAUGAAAGUGUAGAGGAAGACAUACAAGAGGGGAGGGGAGGCGUACAGACAGGCAGACAUACAGACAGAUAGACUGACAGACAAGCAAGUCUGCCAGGCAGACAGACAGACAGACAGACAGACAGACAGAUGGACAGACAGAUGGACAGACAGACUGACGGACAGACAGACAGACAGACAGACAGACAGACAGACAGACAGACAGACAGACAGACAGACAGACAGACAGACAGACAGACAGACAGACAGACAGACAGACAGACAGACAGACAGACAGACAGACAGACAGACAGACAGACAGACAGACAGACAGACAGACAGACAGACAGACAGACAGACAGACAGACAGACAGACAGACAGACAGACAGACAGACAGACAGACAGACAGACAGACAGACAGACAGACAGACAGACAGACAGACAGACAGACAGACAGACAGACAGACAGACAGACUGCCAAGAAGUCUGCCAGGCAGACAGACAGGCAGACAGACAGACAGACAUCAAACACCGCGUCGGACGGAAAGAGCGGAGUCUGGCAGAGUCGGAGAGGGGACUGGAUUGCGGGCAGGGGCCGAGGAACGGUGAACGCAGCUACAUGUGACCGUGGACGGUAUUUUGGAAAAGACGGGAGAUGGUUGGCCGAUAUUGCUGCAUUCGAAGCACCAUCGAGACAUACCGUGGAAUGACAAGACUUGGCUCUCAGGAAAUGAUCUGGCCAUUUCUACCUGCUCAGAUGUUUGAGGAUUCACGGAGGCAAGUGGUGAGGCGAUUUCACCAUCGUUUGUCUCGAUAUGCUGUGAGAAAGCCUUGGUGUGCGAAGGCGCAAACGUUCUGUGAUCUGCAGUCGUGCCAAUACUGUUUGUACAUACAUGUUAGCCAAGAAGUUUCCCAUGAGGAUUCACGUUUACUUUUGUAUUGUGUUAGCCAAGAGUUCCUUUUUGCGGGUUGCGCUGUGUAGAGGCUGGUGUGUGUUUUCUACGCAGAGGGAUUUGGCUUUGCAUGCCAACAGGCCUAAGUUAAUGCUGUUUAUUCAGCUAAUGUGCAAGCCCAGGAAUCGAAGAUCUCGGAGAUCGGGUACUCCGCGUUAAACUGUGAUCGAUGUGCCUUUGUAAUUGUAAACCUUAAACUAAGUUUGUGAAGUUGUGAUGGACCGAAGUGCAUUAGUAAAGUAAUCUUGAGUGGCCUUGCAUCAACGAGCUUUUCGACCCGAUUUUGGAAUUUUCGCGUGCCUCUUCCCUGUAACAUAUGAGCAAUCAUUUUCAAUGAAUUUGAGAUCAGUUCGUGUUGUCCAAAAUCAGCGAUUAUUUUUGUUGAAACGCCAGGUGAAUCUCAUAACGAUUUCGUUUUAAAUUGUGAUCUGAAUUAACGGCGACUAAGCAUGUAUCUGUCCGCAAAUUAAAUCCGGAUUCUCAGACGCUUUAAUUGCAUGAUACCUGCCUCUCACAGUUGUAAGGAUCAACUGCGUUGAUCUGGCCAAAGUUUGUGUCGAUACUGUCUGGAAGUGAUAGAAAACCCUGUUCCUGGCAUUCAUUGUCGCUCAUUUGUCGCCCAUUCAACGCCUUUUUGUCAGUUUCAUUUACGGCCUAUGAUUUUCUGUAUCGAGGUCUGUUGCUCUGCCGCUCGAAGUUGGGUCUCUUCCGACCGCAAUUAUAUUGUGGCCUACGAUUGCGUUCGCUGUGAACUGAAACUGGGUAUGUGCAACCAAGAAUACAUUCGUUUUUUCAUAUA